GUUCACAAGGCAGAGUUGUCUGGAAAUCCAGAUUUCGAUAAUCGCGCGGCAUGGUCUGCCAUUGUCAGCUCGCCCUGUCCAUUGGCCAGCCUGGUCAAUUUUUACCUUGGAUUUUUGGACGGAUCCAAUGUUUGUGAGCGUUCGCUGGGCAGAAUGUCGAAGCUGAAGCAACAACACCUUGGUCCCCUGGAGGAGGACGGGAUAACAAUCUCAAUGCUUCUUGAACUCUACGAAGAUGGACCACAGUCUGGGACUGGGCUCGCUACUCGGAACGUGUGCUCUGAUGUUUUUGAUCGGGACCAUGUUUUCUUGGAGCCGACUGACUUCCUCAUUGAUUGUGGGCAGCUGUGGAGACAGAAGUUUGGAUCCAGAUUCAAAUUGUACAAAACUCGCAGCGACAUUGGCAAGUCGCGCGCAAAGCAAUCGGGGAGCCUGGUUUCUUUGCGCAGGGCGCAGGCUUCUGCUGCAGAUACUCUGGCUGCGAAAGCUAGCAAUAAAAGUGGCGAGGAUACGACAAUCUUUGAUGGUCUGAAGCGCAAGCACCUACCCGACACAGUGUCACUGGAGCAGAACCCGAAAUUCAAUGACAAGCUGAAGGAUCUGCGGGCCAUGGACCAGCGUAGGCAGCAGCGGCAUCAAGUCCUGGCCCAAAGACGGAAGCAGCUUCCGCGCGGAAGCCCUUUCCAGGUGGGCCAGGUGCGGAGAGCAAAACUCGUGAGCGAUGUGGGCAGCAAUGACACUGGCAGGGCAUAUUAUGCUUCAAGAUCGACCCUACGUGUGGUUGAUAUCCUGCCGCAGCCAGUGCAACUCUCGAAGAAACACGGCUCGCAGACCCUGGAUGUGUGGCGACCGGCGUCUUCUUCCUCACUUAAGGAUGCUCUUGCCAAAGUCAAACAAUGUCAUUUGCUGCUAGUGGAGAAGGACUCCCGUCUCCACACGUCGCCUCGUGCCACAGUGUUCCUCGCCAAUAUGUGUCAUGGUAAUUUAAUGCAUUACUUAAUGCGGGGGCAGUCGAUUGGGCAAUCUGCUGCCAUCCCAUGUAGGGCAUAUUCCGCUCAGCUGAGGCCGUUGUUCGAACAGAUCGUGUUUGCUUCAUUGGCCUUGGGCAAGGCAACCAUUGACAUGGCAGCGUGGGCAAAAUCCGCACCUGCGUGUUUGCACAAGGCCUCCUACAUGACCGCCGCCUGCCAUAUCAUGGUCACUGCUGACUUCGAAGAAAAGCACAAGGCCACAACGAGGAUGAUCAAUGACAUUUGCUCUACGAUCCUGGUCUUUGAUUCAGGGUCCAUUCUGCCAUUAGUUCCCGCUACAAGUGUCUAA